UGAGCACCCGUGGGUAGGCCUUCGCCGCCGCGGCACCUUUAUUCGUACUACGCUCAAGCACGCCUGACAGCCUUGUUUUCCAAUUUUGCAAUGGAUUUACCGCUGCCUUUCGGCAGCUCCUCCGUGAGAGGUGUGAAGAAGAAGAACAAGCGCAGAUACUGCUGCGUUAAGGAUUGCCACAACUGUGAAGGUGAUGACGGCAUCAAAUUUUACCGCUUCCCUUCAAGACCGUGGGAAGCGAACCGGCGGCUGAAGUGGAUCGUCGCGGUUCGGCGCGUCAACGGUGAUGACCUCUCACAUUGGAGCCCGAAUAACAAUACGAGAAUUUGUUCGAGGCACUUCGUCAACGAAGAAAAAAGCAACAUCGAGAAUCAUCCGGGUUACCUGCCAACAAUAUUCCCACCCGUCUACAAGAAGCGGUCCACGGUUCCUGCUGCACAGAUUUCCAGGUUCAGCAGGUGGAUGCACAGAUCUGCGGCUUCAGCUACUGCAGCGCCUUGUGCGGCAGAAGUAGCAGAAUUUGAUGCUGAAGACGCCAGCAGCAGUGCCAUCUCUGUAGCAGCCGAGGUGACUGGCGAUUCUAUAGAUGCAGCAGCAUGGGACGGCCUGAACGUGUUGUGUGCUGCUGCUGAGGUCCACGUAGCAGCCAGAUCAGUGGAAACUCAAACAUCGGAGACGAGCAGCGUGACCACAAGAUUUUCAGUGUUUAUUUGCUGCACUGAAGGCAGCAACCUGUCAACGCAGAUAACCCACCACGAGACACGCGACUGUGAAGUGCAACACAUUCCGAACGUUGCCAGCAAGCACAGUGGUCCAGACCAUCGGACAAGCUAUUUUGCUGGCCACGAAAGUGUUUCAAGGAGUACAAGUGCUCUUGAAGACUUAUGUAAUGUAAGUCAGGUGGUGUUCGCCGUGCUCUUGAGCGUGUUUCCGGUCUCGACUGAGAGCAGAUGUGAGGUAUCUAAAGAAGACCGACUGCUGCUGUUCCUGAUGAAAUUGAGACUUGGCAUCAGCUAUUCAUCCCUGGCUACCCUGUUCAGCAUUAGUGUAACAUCAGCCUGACGGCAUUUCAAAAGUGUCCUCAAAACCUUGGCAUUUCCAAGAAAGCAAUGGAUUUUUCGUCCUCCACUCAGAGUUAGUCAGGCUACCAUGCCAGACUGUUUUAGGGCACAUUAUCCGGACUGCACAAUGAUAAUUGACUCCACAGAAAUUCGCACUGAGCAGCCACCAACUGUACAGCAGCAGAGGACUCUAUACUCCCAGUACAAAGGCGGGUAUACUUUGAAAUUUCUUGUUGCGGUUACACCUGGCGGGAUGAUAUGUUUCCACUCAGAUGCGUAUGGGGGAAGGGUGUCCGACACACACAUUACUGUCGAUUCUGGUUUCCCUGAUGUCAUUGAGUCUGGUGAUAAAAUACUUGCAGACAAGGGAUUUCCUGGAAUACGUACAGUUAUUGGUGAACGAAACGCUGUACUUGUCAUGCCCCCAUUUUUACACGGCCCUCAGUUCAGUGCUCAAGAAGUUAGGGACACACAUAACAUUGCACAAGUGCGAGUUCAUGUGGAGAGGAUGAUCCAGAGAAUUAAAGUGCAUAACAUCUUAAACAGGGUGCAAAUUGAAAUGAUAGCACUCAUGACAGACGUGUUUCACGUGUGCUGUGUGCUGGCGAACCUUCAGCCUCCAAUAAUUAAGUUCAGUUAAAUCACUGAGAAUCAAGUCAUCUAGCGUAGCAACUGCCUCAUUUAACAGAUCAUUUUUGUCAAUAUCCACAAGGUGGGGGAAGGUUCACAAAACAAAAAUUAGUAAAUGGCAGCCACACCUUCAUGCCUAGCAGCAGACUGUUCCUGCUGCGUCUGUGCAUGCUCCGACGAAAUGCACUUAUUUUCAAGUACAAAUGGAGAAAAAGAGCCUUGUAUGUGUGUUGCACUAGAAAUGGCUUAUAUAUUUGUUUUAUAAUAGUAAGCUGUUGGGUUAGUUGGUUUGACAUGAUUUUUGCAAAGGGUAGUGCAGAAGCGUUGCGGAAAAAGGAGACGUGGACAGGAAAGACACUCACUUGCAACUAAGUAUAUUUUCAGAGACAAACCACCAGGAACGUUAUUGCAUAUGCACUGCCAUCGAGAAUCAUGAAAAAAAAAGUUUACAAUUUCUUUUGCAUAUAAAAAUCGCCUAACAAUGGGACAUGCAUCACUACAUCAAUAAUGACAGCAAGUGUAGGUGAUGGAUAGCAACGAGGCCACGUGCAAGUGGGCCGACAGAAAUCAUUUCAAAGAACCUUCGGGGAGAGGGGGACAGUGGAGGAGGCCUAGAAACUUCAGCCAAGGGUGAGGAAUGUAAAUUCCUUAUCCAUCUGAUGCACUGACGGGGCACUAAUACAUAGGUUAGCGCAACGUUUCACUGCACCCCUUGGCGAAAAUCUUGUCUACUCGACACAGUUAAUAUUGAAAUGAGUGCUGCAACAUCUGUGGAAGUAAUCCUGUUGUGUGUUGCUACUCCACAUGGUUUAAUAUAAUUAGCAUAUAAGUGGCGCCUUGACGUGACCGUCGUAGGAUAUUAUGUUUUUUUCAUUUCUUCGACUUGUACAGCAAAAUACCAUGCUAGGAUGCACUGUACAAUAUGUGAACUUAUUCCGCUACUGUUAUUGCUUCUAUGUUUGCGCCGAACACAUUUGUGUUCGUCAUAUGUGCAGUCUGCAGUAAGGCAACAAUUUGUUUGUCAUCGCUUUUGUUUCACAACAGAAUUUGUUGUGUCCACUAGUUCUCAAUUCUUGAUGUUAUAGUUAUUCCUCUUCAAUUUCAUUAGCUUGCUUUGUUUACAUUGUAUGUAUAUUUCAUCAUGUGUUUUAUUUAUUUUGACCUGAAUUCGGGCACUACAUUUGUGCAAUGAGAAAUUAUAUAUGCACUAUCAGAAGAAAUUGUAAACAAUUUCAGAACAGCAGUGCCUCAUUGUCUUCAGGUUCACCUACCUUUUUAAUAAGAUUCAUUUACUCCCAAGACGUACACUUGGCACUCCUCUGUGCAUGGAAACUGGCUAGAGUAUGCUCACACAUUGCACACAUAACAGGCGUUAUGAUCUGUUUCUUUCCUGUUCGCAUGUCAAAUUUAAGUUGAUACAUUAUUCACGGAUUUUCUCUGUACAUGUUUCAAGGUGCGUACAUUUAGACAGUGAAAACUAAUUACAUUGGCCGAUACUGUUGU